CCUCACUAUCUAUCAUCAUUCUUGUCCCCUUCGCUACAUACAUCUUGAUCUCUCUUAUCAAAUUUAACAUCGGAUUAUCUCUGUUACACGUCGCUCUUUACCCCAUCUUUAGGUGCAGGUCCGACAGGGACGGCUGGUCACUUUCAAUCACUCAACCAUAAUCUAAACUCCCUGUCUCUCAACAUGGCUUCUCAAACCCUCCGUCCUCAUCGCUCGCCUUCACCUUCACCUUCUCCCGCUCCAGUCAACAACUCCAAUCCGGCCAAGUUGACUCGACAAUCCCUUGGGCCUCCUCCUGCCGCUUCCGGUGCUCCGCGUGGCUUUGGUUCUCUCGGUGUCUCGUCGCCGACGUUUCCUUCGACCGGUGGACCUCAUCCCCGGCACGUCAGCUCCAGUGUAGCUUUGGGCGCAGGUGGCAACAGGGAGAGCAUGGUGGGACCGCGCCCAAGCUUGGGAGCGGCAGGUAGAGCCGUAUCGGGAGCAGCGGGCCCAAGGCCCAGUUCAGAGUUUCUCCCAAGUGGAGCGGCUCGUGAUGCUAGGACUCCGGAAGCCGAACAAAUUGACCUGUGGUUCAAGCAUCUUGCCAGUUGGGAACAGACUCUUGAAGAGAUGGCGGCUGCUUCCACUGAUCAAAACUUUACGGAAGAGCUUGGAGCUAUUGAACAAUGGUUCCGCGUACUCUCUGAAGCUGAACGUACGGCCGCACUCUAUUCCCUUCUUCAGCACUCCACUCCCGUACAGAUCCGCUUCUUCCUCUCCGUGCUUCAUCACAUGGCUCAACAAGAUCCCAUGACGGCUGUCUUGUCUCCGAACCCAGCUGCCGCCAAUAUGAGCAUGCAAGCUCAAAUGGAAUCCAAACUCGCCAGCAUGAACCUUAAGUCGCCGUCCGCUGGAGGUGGCAGUGGGUUUACCGGUUCUCCGAAUCUCAACCAGUACCUCGCUCCGGAUAGCGUCUUUGAUCCCAACGCCGUCGCUCAGAAAAAGGGUAGGAAUAGGAUAUCUGCUCCGGGUACCUUGCAGCCUAGUGACAGGUGGCAGGGUCAGCUUGAUCAAGUCAUCGAGCGUGGCACGUCGCCUGGAGCUGAAUCAGCUAGCAAUCGUAGUGGUAGCCCAGCACCCGACACUCGACCCAAAAGCGCCGACUUCUCCGGUAAGGCCAGAGAUGGAGAUAUCAAAUCCCCACGCUUGUCCGGUGGUAGCAGCGUUGCUGGAGGGGCUGCCGGUAGUACAAUCGGUUUAGGUAUUGGGGCUCCUCCCGACCUCGGUGGUAACUCUCCGAUGAACAGCCCUUUCUUCAACAGCGGGAGCUGGGCCAGCAUGUCGAACACACCUCUCGUUCCGAUGUUCACCGAUCCCAAAGUCGACAAUCUCCAAGCUGCCAUCAACAUGGCGUCUCUGCAAAUGGCUGCUUCUGGCCAGCCGGGCGGACGGGUCAAUCUGGAAGACGCUCGCAAGUUUCGACGACCUGGUGCUGGAACCACUUCUCGAAACGUGUCCGGCUUCGAAGAGGCUCUUUCCUCCCCCUUGCUCAAUCAACAAUGGGCUCGUAGUCCGGUGAUGGAUCAAUUUGGGCUCGGCGGCCUCGGUCUUGGAUCUGAUUCCAGCAUGGGUGCAAUGGGGAUGAACUUUGCCAGUCUCGGAUUGAACCCACUGGCGGGGACGAACGCUGCACAGAUGUUGGCUCUGGCUCAAGCUCAGCAGCAGCUCAAUACGGCCGCCAUGGCCUCUGCGGCUUACAACGGGCAGCCUGGAGGAUUGGCUCCCAAUGGACGCGGAAUAGGUAGAUUGGGAGGCUUCGGUGGAGCUGGGUCAGGAAGGAGAAGUCCGAUGUUGGGCAAGAGUCACAGCCCGUCCCCAGGAGGGGCCACCACUGGAGGUGGUGCUGGGAGUGGUGGAGGUGUAGCAGGACCCGAUGAUGUGGAGGUGAAGGUGAUACAGGAUAUACCUGGCUGGUUGAGGGUAUUGAGGCUGCAUAAAUACACGAGCAACUUUGACAAGUCUACGUGGCAGGAAAUGGUCAUCAUGACUGAUCAAGAUCUUCAGGACAAGGGUGUUGCCGCACAGGGUGCGAGGACCAAGUUUCUCAAAGUAUUCUACAAUGUGCGAGAGCACGAGAAUAUGCCACACCCUCCGGGACAGGAAGAGUACGCGCCGAGCGCUGCUAAGAGUGAGGACAAAUAAUGUAAAUGUAGCAUGGACCGGAUAAGGACAUGAUGCCGCAUGAUGAUGAACAUAUGCUUGACGAUG